AUGGUCUCCGUCAACAAUUCCGUCUCAAGCAAGAGAAGCAAGGCCAGAAAGGCUCACUUCACUGCUCCAUCUUCAGUCCGUAGAGUCAUCAUGAGCGCACCUCUCACCAAGAAAUUGAGAGAUGAACACAAUGUUCGUGCUGUUCCAAUCAGAAAGGGUGACGAAGUCAAGAUCUUGAAGGGUAAAUUCAAGGGAGUCGUCGGUAAAGUAAAGAAGGUUGUCAGAUUGAAGUGGUCUGUCUAUGUUGAAGGUGUUCAAGGAGAAAAACUCGGUGGAAAGACUUUUGAUGUCGCAGUUAAACCAAGCACAGUACAAAUCACAAAGCUCCACCUCGAUAAGGAUAGAAAGAAUUUGUUGAAGAGAAAGGCUGAAGCUAGAGCCCAAACAACCCAAGCUAACAAGGGUAAAUUCACCGAAGAAACCGUCAAGCAACAAUAA